UUUCAAUAGUUGUGUUGCGUGGCCAUGUUAUCUUUACUCGGGCCAGUUAUCGUUGCCUUAGCUCCUUAGCAGUAGUCUGCUAUAACAAAUAAAAUGGCAAGGAGAAUUGUUUCUGCUCACUCUUUCUAUUUUGAGUGCUAUGCUCGGCAUUGUCACCCUUACUGUUCCGUGCUAUAUCAGCUAUCAGCUAUAUAUUUUGUGCGUAUGUUUUGUGUAUCAGCUGUAUUUAUUUAUGUUUUGAAUGAAGGAUUUCAAAAAUAAAAGGAAAUUAUAUUAUAAUAAUCAUCCAACCGGUGGCUCGAAAUCAUAAAUCAUACUCCUAGUUUGAGUGAAAAUUUUAUACGUGUGACAGUAUUUGAGGCAACUGAAUUAAGAGCCCAAUGUCUAGUAGAACAUUGCGAACCAUGGGAGCUUCAAAACCUAUUCGAAUGUGGAUUGAUGGAAAAUGUUUUGAUGUGAAGCAACGCAAGAAGACCUUACCAAAAAUAUCUACCCCAUGUUCAAAACCAAAAGAUGAGGAACCAAGUUCUGUAAGGAUAACAGAGGAGACAAGCAGCAAAUGUCUGUCCUUGGCUGAGAUUGUGAAGGGUGACAAUGGCAAAAUGUCAACUAGCUUUGAACUUCCCUCGUAUGUAUUCUAUAGCGAUUUGUUUUUAGGAUGGAGAUUGUUAUACAGGGUGUUUGGUGCAUCGUUUGCCAAAUUGAAAUGGCGGACAGGGGAGGUCUUUUCUAUCACCCCAGAUCCCUCAAAGAGUUUUUAGCCCAACAGCAUUAAUUAUGUAGAUUUUUUAUUUUCUUUAGUAAAAACUCCAAAAUACACAAUGUGAAAUAAAAAAAAAUAAAGAGUAUGUCCACC